AUGUCGACAUAUCGCUUGGGCUGGCGCAGUGUUAAUAUAGCCUUCCUUGAUAGCGCAUGCGCACCUCUCGACUCUCAGGAUCCGUUUCUAGAGCCAAGAAGCCCGAAAUUGUCGUCGUCACGGAAAACAGUGCCAACUUUCGUGGAGCGGACAGCCCCCUACGCCGGUAGCGAAGACAGUCUCUGGGCACCAGACCGCCGUCUCCUACCACCAAGGCCAACAGCACGUAUAAUUUCCCUCGCUGCUCCAACGGUGGCGCCGUUGAAGCACCGCAUAUCACGCUCCAGGGCGGGUACUACGAUCAUCUCCGGGUUUGGUUCGACAGAUGCUGCCAAGGGUGCGCAGAGUGUUCAGCUACGGCGGGGUUCAUGGACCUGGUCACCAUGCUGUCUUCACCGACGGCGAUGGUGCGUACUUGGGGAGUCUGUCCCUCCGCCUCAUUCGAGACCAUCGAACUCCGCUCCUGAGACGUUCUUGCUCAGGAACAGGGUUGAUUCCCUGAUCUCGCACAGUGCUGAUGCACUACCAAUCCAAAGAAGACGGUGUCGCUUAGCUGGGCCCUCAUCGCGUUCGCCACACCACGUCAACCCCCGUGGCGCAUUGUACCCUCGACCGCUGAAAUCUUCUGGGCUGAUGGCCUCCGAAGCCAGCGAUGAGCCUCACACUGAGGUCAUCGCUUCGCUGAGAAAGUAA